AUGUCUCUAGCAAUCAGAAAGAAAAGCUGGGAAGAGCAUGUGACCCAGUGGAUGGGAUUGGCUUUGGAGUCUGUGGAGUAUAAUACAGCAUGUCGUCACGGACUUGUAGCUGAUAACUUGCAGACAAGUAUGGAAAAAGAUGAGGUUUUGAGUGUGGACCGGAAAGAAAAAUGUGCUUCGUUUCCAGAGUGCUGUUAUAGUGGAGAGCUGAUUGGCUUCCCUGCAAAGCAGCUGGGAAAUGUUUCAAAGGAGGUGGAUGAAAACGAUAACCAUGAGGAUGAGGAGCAUUUUCUGGAGGCCAGCACAGAAACUCUGGUCCAUGUGUCUGAUGAUGAUGAUGAUGACUAUUCAUCACUCGACCUGGAUAGUGUUAAUUACCACAUCACCGCUGUAGGAGGGGAACCAAACGAUGAAGAAAAGAGUUUAAAUGGAGCAGGCUCCUUAACACAGAUGGUACCAAUAACAGAGGGUAACAAGGUAGCUGAAGCAUCUGGAAUAAUUGGAGAUAUAAGUAAGGAACCUGGCUGUGGCGCAGUUCCUAAAGAGGAGAUGGAAGAAGAUGACAUUUGUGGCAGUGUUGGUCAAAGCCUGGAGCUUUGUAAUUAUGAAGACUUAAACGAAGUAGUAGAUGUAGAGAAAGAAAAUCUUUCUAAUUCUCCAAAUGUGAAAGAAAUUAUUAUGCCUGGGAAGCAGCUGCUUCAUACUGCUGUAAUUGCACAACAGCGCCGGAAAUCUGAUGCUUUUAAAGACGGGCUUGGAAAGUCUGAGUGUAAUGUGGUAGAGAGUGGGAUUUCUUCCGAAUCAUGCACCAGCAGUGACGGACAACUAUGUUCAGCAGUGGAGUUUAGCGACUGCCUUAUGCAAUUACCUUCUCCUUGCUCUUGCAUCCCGGCAGUGGAAAAUGGUCUGGAUGAAAGUGGUUUCACAGAACCUCAAAUGGCCCCUGAAAACAAAUGCUUUUCAAAUGUCAGUUCAGCUGAAGAUGUUCAGUGUUUACAUGUAAGGAAUCAUUUGACCACACAAGAAUAUUCAGACAGUCAAGUGAAACUGCGCAAAAGAAAGGAAAUAACAGAAGAUCGGGAUCGAUCACGACUGGAUUCAAUGGUGCUGUUAAUCAUGAAACUGGACCAGCUUGACCAGGAUAUUGAAAAUGCUCUCAGUGCAGGUUCUUCCCCAUCCAGCACCCCAACAUAUAAACGGAGGCAUAUACCUGAUGUUGAAUCUGGUUCUGAAAGUGCAGUGGAUGUUGCUUCAGUAAAUCAUUCACAAACAAACUUGUCUCCUAACAUCCAUGCUCCUGACCUAGCAUCUCCCUGUUUGGUAACCAGCUCUGGAGCUAAACCAAAGGCUGGG